AUGCGGAUAGCCAUCAUAGGCUGCAGCGGGAGCGUCGGCAGCAGUAUCCUCCGCAACGCGCUCGCAGCCGGUCACGUCGUGCUUGGUCUUGACCUCACGCGACCGGCAGAUGCACCAACCGAUAUCACGCAGUUCGUAUUUGGGAAGGUCGACGCUCGCGACUUUGAGCGUGUCUUAAGCGUGUUGAGAGGGUUCAAAGCGGAGGGUGUCGUUCAUCUUGCCGCACAUCGUAAUCCGACGGAUUACCUCGUGAAGACGCACAAUGACAAUGUGGUCAUGUCGUGGAACGUCCUACGCGCUUGCGCAGAGCUCGGGAUCACGCGUGUGGCGAUGGCUUCAUCAGUCAACGUCCUUCCUGGACUAUUCAGCACGCGAUCUCACUUCGAGUACUUCCCCAUCGACGAAGACCACCCAACCGAACCCGACGAGCCAUAUGGGCUCUCAAAGCUGCAAGUCCACGCAUGA